CACCACAUUAACAUACAAUCAGCAACAGCAUGUGAUCACGAAGAAAAAUAGCUUAAAUAGAAAUAUUUAUAUUAACACCUUCCAUUUGAACAUCAUGUCCUUAUUUUAUUCCACAUCAACUACUUUGAGUCAUGGCACCCCAAGCGAUGCUAUAAAAGGGCCAGCUCAAAAACCCAAAGGAGAUUCACUUUGGGCGGGUUGAAGCCCCUGUCCCUACGAUGCCAGGACAGGCUGUGAGAUUAUGGCCGGACGAAGGACGAGACGUAACCCUGCUGCUUCCGCACAGUCGACAGUGAGGAGUGACAACCCUGAACAGGGUAUGAUCUUUCUUGUCAAUGGGUUGGAAACGGCACUAAAUAAUGUGGCUAACAUGAUGCCCAACAUUAUGGAGCGAUUGGAUAAGGCUCUUCCAGGUCCAUCCGGAACCCGGGACAUCCCUGCCGGGCAACCCCGCCAGGUCCUGCGUACUGCAAGUUCUCUUAUCCUCCAGGAGCUCCAUGAUCCGGAGGAGGUAGAAAGGGAGAGGCAAGCCAUUGACAGACGCCGGGCGGAGAAAAUGGCCAGGAAUAACAAGGUGAAUGAUGGCCGGGCUAAGGAUUUGAGCCGGAUCUUCGGCGAUGGAAACGAGAACCCGCGGGCAUCUGUCUUUGAAAGGAUAUCUCGCCAGAAAGCUCACGUUAGUGAGAGGCUGGGGAAGAAUCCGGAAAAGGCACCCCAGGGUUGGAUACGACCCCAGACCAGUCAGGUGGCAUCUUCCAAUCGCGAACCCCGGCAGCGAGACGGCCAUGGCGCGAGCCAGGUGCUGGUCCGGUCAUUGAGGAAUCUGGAGGAGGACGAGGUUCAAAGCCAAGCCAGGGUCCCAGCACCAUGGCGCCUGGGGCCUCCGGUGCCGGAAGCUGGUGAAUUCCAAGAUCUGAGGCAGCAGAUCCAGGAGAUGCAGAAGAAGAUUAACAAGGGUCGAGUAUUCACCACCCGUACGAAUACUCCCUUAGCCCUGGAGAUCUUUGCGGAACCAUAUUCGCGGGGAUUCAAAAUGCCGUUUGUUAAGCGUUAUGAUGGAGAGUCAGACCCCCAGGAACACAUAAACAAAGCAUGGAGAAUCCUUGAAGAAUUUCCUUAUCCGAUGGAGGAAAGAGUCAGGGAGGUUGAGGGAACCGAUGAUAAAUCCAGAUUGGCCAUGUUCACAGCGGCGUUGCAGGAUGGAAUCCUUCACACCGAUCUUACUACUCAUCCCCCGGAUACCUUCGAAGAAGCGAUGGUUCGGGCGGGGAGGUAUGUGACCCUGGAAGAAAGAAAGGAGGAGAAGAAAGAGAAGAAUCAUAAAGAAGAAGAGAAGACGGGAAAUAAGAAGCCGUUCAAGAAUAAGAAGCAAGGCUUCCCGGAUGGCCCUAAGGGCGCAAGUCCUGGGACCUCGGAGAAGCAUAAAUCUGCCAAUCCAGUCUUCACAUUGCCAGUGGCUGAGGUCAUGGCCCAUGCUGCACAGCUCAUGACUUACCCAACCUAUUCUCAGAAGGUUUGUAAUGUGGAAGACACUAGAAAAUGGUGUGCUUACCAUCGCAAGAAUGACCACAACACGGAAGAUUGCUAUACUCUGAAGAAUGAGAUGGCAAGGCUAAUCCGCCGGGGUCAUCUGAAGAAGUUCGUACAAGAUGGUGACACGGGAAAUCCCGGGAAUGCUCAGAAUGGAAAGCGCAGAGAUAAAGAAGUGGCCCAGGCUGAGGCCCGGGAGAAACGCCACGCCACAUUGGGCUUGAAGACGAAAAGGAGGAUUCGGAACCCGCACCGCAUCGCCAGAAGAGACACCACGGGUGUAACUUCAUCAUUGGAGGGAAUACUGGCGGGGACUCAGCCACAAGCCAGAAGAAGUGGGCUAACGCGGCGAUGGUCAACAAGACCCGGAUUGGAAGAUUUGGAGUGUGUCAUAUCACCUCGUCACCUCUGCAUAAAAUUCCCAACCCCCCACGGAGUUGGAAUUGCCAGGGGAUCUCAGAGAGUAUCCCGGGCAUGGUAUUUGAAGGCAACCAAACAACCGGUCAAGUACGAUACCCAAGUGGGAGAGGUGACUGCGCAGCUCCUGAGGGCUGAGGAAAAACGUCCCAGAGUAGAAGUUGACAGCGACAUUGAAGAAGUGGAACUGGAGCCAGGCACGCCGGGAAGGUUGGUCUGGAUUGGUAAGGGCCUGGGGGCUGAACUCAGAUCACGAGUGAUUUCAGUCCUUAGAAGGUUCAGGAGGGUUUUUGCAUGGAGUCCAGAGUAUAUGCUAGGGCUGGAUCACAAGAUUGCAGUUCAUCGCCUAAAUGUCCUGCCGGAUGCCAAACCAGUGAAGCAGAAACGAAGGCAUUUGUCACAGGAAAGAAGAGAUUUCGUAAAGAAGAAGGUAGCAACCCUGCAGAGCAUUGGGCAUAUCCAGGAAGUGCAAUACCCGGAUUGGUUGGCAAAUGUAGUCCUGGCGCCCAAGCCCCCUUCGUGGAGGAUGUCGAAGAGAUUAACUCCGUACUUUCAGGCUCAUCAGAUUCUUGUGCUCACUAAUGAGCCUUUGGCGUCACUUACCCGAAGCCCGGCGGCAUCUGCCCGGAUGACCAAGUGGGCAGUCUUCAUCAGUCAGUAUAACGUGGAAUUCAGGCCGUGCCCAUCGAUCAAGGGGCAAGCACUCGACGACUUUCAAGUUGAGUGCACCGCCAGAGAAAUGACAAGAGCGCAGGUUGAAACCCGGGUGGAAAAGGACUGGUGGGUAAUGAGCAUCGAUGGAUCUUCUGGGUCUCGAUCUUGUGGAGCAGGUAUCGUCUUGAUCACCCCGGAAAAAUUCCGGAUUUAUUACGCUAUCAGAUUUCAGUUCCGCGUAUCCAACAAUGAAGCUGAAUACGAGGCCCUGAUCAACGGAUUGAAGAUUCUUAGUAAGAUGGGAGUGUCCAGGGUUCAGGUUUACAGCGACUCCCGAUUAGUGGUGGGACAAAUCACGGGGGAGUUUGAAGCAAAGGAAGAGAUGAUGAAAAGGUAUCGGGACUUGUCCUUAGAGAUGUUGAGGAGGUUUGAGUUUAAGCUUGAACAUAUACCCCGGGCCCAGAAUGCGGAGGCCGAUGUUCUAUCCAAGCUCAGCGCAGAAUCGCCGGAAUACAUAAGCAAAUUAGCAACCGUCGAAGAGCUAGUAACCCCGAGUCUUAACAGCAGUGAGGUGAUCUGGGUAUCAGCUGAUCCCCCGGAAUGGCUGGACCGGUUAGCCAAAUACAUUGAGGACGGUGAAGCCCUGGAGGAUCCCCAAGAAGCACGUCUGUUGCGAAUGAGGCCACCUACCUACAAGAAGGGCUAUUAUCCAGGGAUACUUCUGGCCAAUGAUGAGAAGGAUUGCGAAGAGUAUUUACGCAAGUGUCCGACCUGCCAACAAUUCCAGAAUAUACCCGGGAGGCCAGCCACGAAUUACACGCCCAUCAGCUCUGUGAUUCCCUUCUCGGGAUGGGGGAUUGAUAUUGUGGGAGCCCUGCCGAAAGGAGCUGGGCAGGCAAGGUGGAUUGUGGUGGCGAUAGACUAUUUCACAAAGUGGGUGGAAGCUGAGCCACUUGCGGGGAUCACCGGAAGGCAGAUGAUCGACUUCGUCGGAACCAAUAUACUCUGCAGGUUUGGGGUCCCCAAGCUGAUAUAUAUCCGGGAGCAUGCCCGAAGACUCUCCAUAGCCGGCCAAGGGAAAGACAGAUCAGGGGAAUAAAGCCCAAGUGUGGUGACAUUUGAAACUUCUCCAUUUUCCUGUCUUAGAACCAAACCCAACACCAUGGUUGUCCUACACCCACCCUAGGCUGAGCCCACACUCUCCAUACCUUCCCUAAACAUCCAAAAUAUUUCCUUUUCAAAAUAAAGUUUUCCUACUCCUAUUUUAGGCCCUGGCCGAAAAUAAGAGUGUGUAAACCACAACCUUUGUUUGUUGUUAUUUUCUUUCUUUUAAACCUUUUAAUAAACAAAUAAAACCUUCUAUCCUUUUCUAUAAAUCCCAGGCCAAAUAUCUCUCAUUAUCCUAACACAACAUCAACCAAGAUAUUCCCCAUUCUUGUCCCCUUAAUGUUCCCUACUAGGGCUGAAUAAACAACCACAAAAAGCCAAGGGACAUUUGAGUUGUUGUUGAUACACCACCUACUAAAUCAGUCACCUCAUAUGACCAAGAAUAUAAGGCCAAUACACCAUCCAUCACCCAUCUUUGUUUGUCCCCUCUUUUUAGCCAGAAUAUCAACCACAAUCAUCAAAGGAUUUCAUUCAUUCUUUGUGAUUUUUGCCUCCACAACAGGACAGACAAA